AGUCAUCAGAAAAAAGUAAAAUUAUACUUUAGAGGCUGUACGCGUCGACCUAGAUAUCGUACGGAUUCGAUCCUGGCUAUGUUUAAACACGUUUAGAGGUGCACUUAUAUUGACAAUGUUUCUUUGCCACCGCUGCGCGACCCGACUGCUGGUUUCGAACAGGUCAUCGACGAGAGCCGCGGGAAAGAGAGAUUUCUCAACAGCAGCGGUUUCAACGGAGCAAACAAGUGUUCUGACAUCAGUCGUUUCGCGCCAUCAGCUACGUUUACAUCAAAGUUCAACUUCAGGAUCUAAGCUUGCUCGCCUCAGUCUCGUCGGGAUAAGCCGUCGGUAUAGCACUCCAUCGGGCUCUCACCGUCCGUUUCGUCUAGCAAUCAUCGGAGCGGGGCCUGCUGGCUUCUAUACCGCAUCGCGACUGCUAAAGCAGCAUCAUGGGGCCAAGAUUGACAUGUAUGAGCGAUUGCCUGUGCCAUUUGGCCUGGUUCGCUACGGCGUCGCACCUGAUCAUCCUGAGGUAAAGAACUGUCAGGACAGGUUCGAAGAAAUUGCGCAAACACCUGGUUUUGAUUUCAUAGGCAAUGUAGAGGUUGGCCGCCAGGUCCCGUUUGAAAUGUUAAGACGUCACUACGACGCGAUAUUGUUCACUUACGGCGCAAGCGAAGACCGGAAGCUUGGCGUUGAAGGCGAACACUUUAGAAAUGUAUGGAGUGCGAGGAGUUUUGUCGCCUGGUACAACGGCUUACCCGGAUACUCCAACUUGGGUUUCGACCUAAAGAACGCGACCAAUGCAGCCAUCAUCGGCCAAGGCAAUGUGUCGCUUGAUGUCGCACGCAUUCUACUCACGCCGGUAGACUCGCUACGACGAACGGACAUUCCAGAGCCAGUACUGCAGGAACUGAGCGAAAGCAAUGUCCGAAAAGUUGCGGCUAUUGGGCGAAGAGGGCCACUGCAGGCCGCAUUUACAAUAAAGGAGAUUCGUGAAUUAACCGUCAUUCCAGACGUUCGGUUCGAGCAUGUCGAUCCGUCUUUUUUCCCGUCUGACCUCAAAUCACUCCCGCGCGCUAGAAGACGGAUUGCAGAGCUGUUGCUUAAAGCUUCCGCAGGGUCUGCGUCGUCUGCCGAGUCAAAAUCUAAAUCUUUCGCUCUUGAAUUUCUAUGGUCUCCGAUCAAAUUCGUGGAUCGGCCAGAAGCGCGCGAAGUUUUGGCAUCGAUCUCACUCCAGAAGCAAGCUUUUGCUGUCGACGCUGAUCCUUACGACCCCUCAGCUACUGUCCAGGCCGUUUCGGAACAACCAAGGGCAUUCUCGGCAUCUUUAGCUUUUCGCUCGAUAGGCUACAAGUCAAUAGAGCUUCCUGGUCUUUCUGAUCUUGGUAUUCAUUUUGACAAGCGCAGGGGAGUGAUUCCAAACCGAGGUGGUCGCGUUGUACAGGAAGCCACUGGCCAACCGGGGGUGGAGUUGUCCCAAGUUUUGCCAGGCCUGUACGUUGCUGGCUGGGUGAAGCGAGGACCAACGGGCGUCAUUGCGAGCACGAUGGAAGAUGCUUUCGCUACGGCAGAUUGUAUCAUGCAAGACAUUGACGCGGGCCGGCAGUUUCUCAAUGGUGACCUCGUCAGCGAAUGUGUACGAGAUGGCUGGCAUGGGGUUCUCCGAGAGCUACAGAGUCAAUGUUUGAGUGUCAGACGAACGGAUUGGAACGAUUGGCGGCAAAUCGAUAAGGUCGAACGCGAACGAGGCGCACGGCUGGGGAAAGAGAGGGAAAAGAUUACCAGUGUGGAGGAUAUGCUCAGGGUUCUAGACGGAUAAGAUCUUCAUGUUAUCUUAGCAAUCAUCAACAAAAUUGCAUCACUGCUAGCCACUGUGCUUCCA